GACGUGUUCCCUUCCGUCCSCCCCGUGCUGAGUCAGCACCGCCGAUAUCGCCUAAGGCUGCCAGUCGGUGUGSAGUGCGAACGGUUUUGUCGGGUCGGGACGCGCCAACACAGGAGCAGAUGUCAGAGCCUCCUUCAACGCCUGAAACGCCGCUUCGCAUUCCGGCGUCCAGAUCAGUUGUUAGGUUCGAUUGGACACGAGCCGCUCAUGAAGAGGAUGCGGUCCAUUUCGCGGUCAAGUACACGGAAAAAGCCAUCGAAAAGAACGGAUGGUACUGGUCGGGAAUUCGGGAAGAUGUGAAAUACACCGCCCAGAAUUGCCCGGCCUGCGCGGCGGACAAGGCACCGGUACAGAUGCCUUGGACGAUGGUGCUUACUCGUGUAGAGCGCCCCUUUCAAAGGGUUAGCAUCGACACGACGAAUAUCAACCUUCCGAGAGGUCCCGUCGAUCAGGGAGAGCUCAAUUUUGGACGAACUAAGAUCUUAUACCUGGGUCAUGAAGUAUCCGCGGAAGGUAUUAGGCCGGAAGAUGCGAAGGUGGCUAGUAUAAGGGACUGGCCACGACCUCAGACUGUUACUGAGGUCAGAUCUUUCUUAGGAAUGUGCGGCUACUAUAGAAAUUUCGUAAAGAACUAUUCCAUAGUCGCCUCUCCUUUGACUGAUCUAACUCGAGUUGACACACCGUGGGACUGGAGUGAUGAGUGCGAGGCUGCUUUCAAACGAUUGAAGCAUGCACUCAUGAAUCAUGACGUUCUUAUGGUGUCCGAUCCUCAGAAGCCAUUCAUAGUGACCACUGAYGCAAGCCAAUACGGCAUUGGCGCAGUGCUGGCUCAACAGGAUGGGAAAAAGUUGAGACCGAUCGAGUAUAURAGUAAAAAGRUGCCAUCUAAGAAACUGGCRAAGUCCACCUAUAAAAGGGAACUCUAUGCUCUCUACAAAGCACUUGUCCAUUGGAGGCACUUUCUGUUGGGACGGUUUUUCUACUUGAGAACUGACCAUCAGACCCUCAAAUGGAUCAAGACUCGACCGGCUCUUUCUGAUGCACUCAAGCGCUGGAUUGAGGUCAUAGAUCAGUAUGACUUCAAGCUAGAGUAUCUGAAGGGAGAGUACAACAAGGUUGCAKAUGAGCUGUCCCGUAGAGCAGAUUACCUAGGGGCGCUAGUUUCUGAGUUUGGUGUAUMUGAGGAACUAACUCAAUCGCUGGUGGGAGCCUAUCAGGAAGACCCUGUCAUGAUGGACAUCAUACGCAAGCUUCAGGCAAAAGACAAGGCCGCAGAAGAUGAGUUUGUGAUGGUGGACGGGUUUCUCUUUCUUGAUAAGGCCAGUUGUAAAAGAUUAGUGAUUCCAUCUAGUGAACGUUUGCGUAGUUUAUUCUUAGGAGAAUGUCAUGACGCAACCGGACACUUUGGCUACAAAAAUACGAGUGCCAAUCUAGUACAACGAUUUUGGUGGCGYGGAAUGCUAGAAGAUGCAGAGAAGUAUGUGGAGACCUGUCAGGUCUGUCAGCGGGACAAGCCGCGAACUCAAGCACCGCUUGGGUUGUUAAAGCCCUUACCUAUCCCCGCUGGUCCGAGACAGAGUGUUUCCAUGGAUUUCAUGGACACCCUGGUGACCAGUAGGAGUGGCAAGAGGCAUAUCUUUGUCAUCAUAGACCGAUUCACCAAGUUGUUUAUGGACACGUCAUCAAGUUGUUUAUGGACAACUGGGUGCGUGAUUUUGGACUACCGAAGUCAAUUGUUAGUGACAGAGAUGUCCGCUUAACAAGUGAGCUGUGGAAGAAGAAUGCAGAACGAAUGGGUAGUCAACUUCAGAUGACUUCAGGGAAUCAUCCUGAAGCCAACGGACAUGCCGAGCAAAUGAACAGAG